AUGAAGCGGUUCUUCCAGCCGGCGGUCCCGGACCCGAGCAAGCGCGCCAAGGGUUCGGGCGACGACCCGACGGGAUUGGGAGGAACCGCCAAGGGAUUGGGCGACAACGACAAGAGGUCAGAUCCGCGCAGCUUCGUCACCUGGAACGCCAACUCGCUGCUGGGCAGGCUUCGCAAGCAGCCGGACAAGGACGCGCUGUUCGAGUACCUCCGUGAGAAGGAUCUGCCGGACGUGAUAUGCGUCCAGGAGACGUGGCUGCCGGCGGCGGCUCCCAACCGGCGCGGGACGCUCAAGGACGACACCAAAGCCGCGAGGGAGGACGCCGCCCUCAUCCACCUCUGCCUCCGCCAGAAGCCCCUCAGCGCCUACCGCCCCUACUGGUCCUGCGCCGACGUCAAGCGAGCAGGGUGCGCGGUGCUCGUAAAGAAAGACGUCGACGUCGUCUCCGUGCGGCGGAGUUUAACGGCUUCAAACGGCGCAAACGGCGACGUCGCGCACGACGAGGGCAGGGUGCUGCUCCUCGAGUUCCGUUCGUUCGUCCUGUUGAACACGUACGCGCAGAACAACGGGUGGACGCAGGAAUCGUUCGCGAAGCGCCGGCGAUGGGACGCGGAGGUGCACGCGUUCAUCGCGGGAAACACGGCUGGCGCGACGCCUCGGCCCCGGUUUGACGACUCGGACCUGAACGCCACGAGCCGCCGCUUCAAGCCGCUGAUGUGGACCGGGGACCUGAACGUGUGCCACAAAGAGAUCGACGUCACCCACCCGCGAUUCUUCGCGACGCAAAAGCCGGAGGGGCGCAAGGGGAAGCCGCCGCCGGAGACCCCGACAGAUCCCGGCGACUGCGGCCAACCCGGAUUCACGCGCAACGAGCGAACGCGGUUCGAGCGACUCGUCACCGCCCACGCGCUCGUCGACGCGUACAGACGGCAGCGCGGUGACGUUAAGGACGCGAUGACGUGGAUGGGACAUCCGGGCGUCGUCGCCGUGGGCAAGUACCGCGGCAUGGGCAUGCGUCUGGACUACUUCUUCGUGGAGACGGAGCUCGCGAAUCGCGUCGAGGUUUGCGAGCAGGCGACGGACGGGAUGGGGCUCGCGGCGAUGGCGGAGCGGCCCGCGUCCGCGUUUUUCGGGAGCGAUCACUGCGCGGUGUACCUACGACUGAAAGAUGUGCCUCUCGAUGGCGCGCACGAUGGCGGGGACGGGAGUGGGAAGAGCGACGGGGAGGGCGCGACGACGCCGACGGUUGGGACCUAA